AUGACAGGAGAUCAGUCUUCGCCCAUGAGAAACCAGGACGUUGAUGAGGAGGAAGAAGAGAGAUAUAGUAGAGAUCCGUAUCCACUGGAUCCUAUGCCCGAGUGGGACGUGGACAGCUACGAAGGUCGUGAGUAUGAAUCAGAUCCAGAUCAUAGUGAGAUGUUCUCUGACGACGAAUGUUAUCAGCAAUACCGUCUCAACAAGCGCGAGGCUUUCCAUAAUAAGGGUUUUAUCUAUGAACCUAUGAGCGGAUGCUACCCAUUAGAUGAUCUGGAGGAAAUAGGGUAUGACAACACGACUACUCGGGAGAAAAAGACAAAACUGGCUAACUUGUGUAUUAAGAAACUCAACGAGACAAAGGGGAAAACAGUUGAAUUGGUUAAUAUAGUGAGAGUUUUUGUACGUUGGGUAGCUGCAUGGAAAACUUCCAUAACGUUUAUGGCUCGGGAGUCUCCUAAUGGACCUCUUGUAGAGUACCAGGCCAAGGUGGUGACAUUUCCAGGGGACUGUAAAGCUCCCAUUCCCAUCCUCUGCAGACCAAAUCCUAUAAACCCCCUCCUAUAUUGA